AUGGGCGGCAUGGGCGGCAUGGGCGUGGGCAUGGGCAUGGGCAUGGGCAUGGGGGCGGCGGGGCCGAGGGGCGGCGAGAGUGUGCAGAUGGCGGUGAGGCUGACGCUGAGGGAGGCAGUGGACGGCUGCUCGCGCCACCUCUCCUUCUCUGCUCCCGUGCGCUGCUCCUCCUGCAGUGGAUCAGGCAUGCCCAAGGGGUACCAGCCCACCCCGUGCAAGGCGUGCAAGGGCCAAGGCAUGGAGAUGCGGCGGAUGGGGGCGUCAGUGGUGAUGCAGACGUGCUCCUCCUGUGGCGGCCAGGGCGUCUUCGUCAAGGAGUGGUGCAAGACAUGUCAUGGGGAGGGCACAGUGAAGGAGAGGCGGGAAGUGGAUGUCUCCAUACCAGCAGGGGUGGACUCGGGAGUGACCUUGAGGGUGCCGGGGCAGGGAGGCGCAGGGGGGAAAGGGGCGCCACCUGGGGACCUGCUGCUGAACAUUCAGGUGGAGGAGGACGCGGUGUUCAAGAGGGACGGCAACGACAUCCACGUCGACCUGCACGUCUCCUUCCCCCAGGCGUGUCUGGGAGCAUCAGUGCCGGUGCCAACACUCUCAGGGGAGGUCAUCCUUAAGAUCAAGCCAGGCACACAGCCAGGCCAGGUGCUCCAGCUGCGCGAUAAAGGAGUGCGAUCGGCCACGAGUCGCCGAGUGGGGAGUCAGUUUGUGCACGUCAAUGUUGCCGUGCCCACGGAGCUGACGGCACGACAGAGGAAGCUGCUGGAGGAGUGGGAGAAGGAGGAUGGGGGGGCGCAGGGAGAGCAGCAUGGCAAGGAGGAUGCGGAUGGUGGGGCAGCGGGGGAGACCAGUGGAGGGGACAAGAAAGAGGACGGGGAGGGAGGCAAGGAGAAGAAGAAGCGAGCCUGGGGUCUUUGGUAG